UCGGCGGUGGCGCUGCUCUGCCAGCUGCUGCCCAUAAUAACCUCUCUCUCUCUCUCUCUCUCUCUCUCUCUCUCUCUCUCUCUCUGUGACACAUCUAUACUGAGUUUUUGUCCUUUUUGUUUACAUUAUCCCCUGAUCCCGGGCGAGCUGGAGAUGUUUAGGACGUGGGUGUACCCUGUGCGCACGCGCUGAGACCCAUGAUGGAUGAAGGAGUUUAUUAUUUUGUUGCUCAGAGGAGAUCUUUAGCUGGAACUUCAGAGGAAUAACACAGAGAGAUGGCGAGCGAUCGUACGGCCAUCCUGACUGACGAUGAGGAGGAACAGAAGAGGAGAUAUGUCCUGGCCGAGCCGUUUAAUACCCUGUCAUUGGGGACAGCAAACAGCACUCCACCCAGUCAAACACCAUCAUCUACCUCCGUCGACUCGCCACCCCCUCCAUCCUCUUCCAGUACAGACUGCCUGGAGCGGAUCUGCCUGAGAAUAGACGAACGCCUUCUGAUCUCCAAGAUCUUCUACUUCUUCUUCUAUGCCGCAUACGGUUCCCUGCACCCCCUCCUGGCUGUCUACUACAAGCAGCUGGGCAUGACGCCGAGCCAGGGCGGCCUCCUGGUGGGGAUCCGCUACUUCAUCGAGUUCUGCAGCGCGCCAUUUUGGGGUAUAGUAGCUGACCGCUUCAACAAGGGCAAGGCUGUCCUGCUGUUCUCCGUUUUCUGCUGGGUGGUGUUCAACUGCGGCAUCGGCUUCGUCAAGCCAGCAGACAUGACUUGCACAAUGAACGGAUCGGAAAACUUAACAACCCCAAGUUCCUCCGGAAACCGCACCAGAAACCGUCGAUACCUCGUAGGGGAUUUGAUCGGCAUGCCAUCAACGUUUCAGACUUUGUCUGGGGAUUAUAGCCCUCUCACUCGAUUUGUAAGAAGCGAAAACACAAACACGUCACUCUCCACUACAGCUACGCCUGAACAGUACACUAUCAUUUACAAUAAAAGCCAAGUGGACACCAUCUUCCUCGUGAUCCUGGUGGUGAUCAUCAUCGGAGAGUUCUUCAGUGCGCCGGCGGUGACCAUCGUCGACACUGUGACCCUGCAGUACCUGGGAAGGCAGCGCGACCGAUACGGCCUCCAAAGGAUGUGGGGUUCGCUAGGUUGGGGUGUAGCCAUGUUAUCUGUAGGCAUCUGGAUUGACCACACACACAUCACCCUGAUCAUCCAGGGGGCCGGCUGCAUCCUGCCGGACUACAAGAACUACCAGAUCGCCUUCAUCGUCUUCGGCGUGCUGAUGACUCUAGCACUUAUUAUUGCGACGCAGUUCCACUUUGACUCCAGGUCUGGGUCUGAUCCAUCAGAACUGGAUGUGAAGCAGCAGGUGGAGAUCCCUCAUGUGGUCCAGAACACAUCUGAGUCCAGCAUGGAGGAAGUCCCGGUGUGUCCCAGCUCUAACAACCACCCCCGGUUUCCGUUCAAGGAAAUGAUCCGUCUGCUGUGCGGGAUCCGUUACGGCUCCGUGCUCUUCGUGGCCUGGUUCAUGGGCUUUGGUUACGGGUUUGUGUUCACGUUCCUGUACUGGCAUCUGGAGGACCUGAAAGGGACCACCACGCUGUUUGGGGUGUGCUCUGUGCUCAGCCACGCCUCCGAGCUCACCGCCUACUUCCUCAGCCACAAACUCAUCGAACUCGUCGGCCACAUCAGAGUCCUGUAUAUCGGGUUGGCCUGUAACACCGCACGCUACCUGUACAUCUCCUACCUGCAGAACGCUUGGGUAGUCCUGCCCAUGGAGGUCCUUCAAGGUCUGACCCAUGCGUCCGUGUGGGCGGCGUGUAUCUCGUACAUGAGCGCGGCGGUUCCUCCGGCCCUGAGGACGUCUGCGCAGGGAAUCCUGCAGGGCCUCCAUCUGGGGCUGGGGCGUGGCUGUGGCGCCAUGAUCGGAGGAGUGUUCGUCAACUUCUUUGGUGCGGCUGAAACGUUCAGAGGUUUAGGAAUGGCGUCUCUCAUCAUCCUGCUAAUCUUCGCCCUCAUCCAGAGCCUCAUCGGGCCGAGCGAUGACAGGCGAGACCCGAUGCUUGCUGAGAACAUUCCGGUACCUUCCAGUCCUGUUCCCAUCGCCACCAUCGACUUGGUGCAGAACCAGAGGCAACCGGAGACGAGGGUCGAGACGAACCCCGACACCAACACCGCCGCAGCUCCUGCUGCAAAGAAGAGCAAGUUCCAGGAAGAGCAGGAGGAUGUGAGCAAGCCGGCGUGGGUGGUGUCCACUUCCCCCUGGGUCGCCAUGUCCUACGCCCUUUACCAGCUCAAAGACAUGGUGUCCACCAGCAGGAGCAACCGUCCAGCAGAGGAGCCCCGCCCACAGGGGGAGAGCAGUGAGCAGGUGUCUGCAGCGCCAUCUGCUGGAGAACCUCCUCCAGGUCCUUUCACCAGUGCUCCAGAGCAGAUCUAUUCACCUGAUCCUCCUGAUCACCCCGUCUCUGAUCACCCCGUCUCUGAUCACCCCGUCUCCCAUCAGCCCAUCUCUGAUCACCCCGUCUCCCAUCAGCCCAUCUCUGAUCACCCCGUCUCCGAUCACCCAGUGUCUGAUCAGCCUGUCUCCAAUCACCCAGUGUCUGAUCAGCCUGUCUCCAAUCACCCAGUGUCUGAUCACCCAGUGUCUGAUCAGCCCGUCUCUCAUCACACAGACUCAGGAGAAUCAUCAGAAGAUCCACAGAAGAUUCCCGACAAAGAGCCAGAGCCAGCACACACACCAGACUCACCUCAAAAUCCUCCUGCUCCAUGACCUCUGGAGUUAAACAACAGAAGAACUGCUUUAUAAACUACUUUAGAAUGUAAAUAUCGUGUACUGUACGAAGGUCUGGACUGAACGCUGAUGUCUGUUCAUGCAGUAAAUGCGAUUAGCACUGCCAGGCCAGGGUUUAUACAUUACGACACCCAGAAAACGUUAAACUCUGCUGUAUUCAUCGUCUCGCGCCACAGCAGGACGACACAUCCUUCUCCACACACACUGGCUUUAUGAGGCUGCUUUCACACUUGACGUCAACCAACAGCGUGUGUUUUACGUUAUCCAGCGUUCGCAAAGACACAGGUGAUCGUUCAUUUUGUAUGAGCAACAUGUGAGCAGCCGCCAUUUCAGCGACAAGAAAUCAGCAGCGUGACAUUUAAAUUUAGAUAUUUCUUUAGUUUCUUCGGUUCCCCAUUCACAAUUUUAACCAGAGAUCAAUUCCUGUUUACUGUUUGAUGCACAAAAAUGGAAGAAUAACUUAUAACCGUGGUUUCGUCAUGUACAUCCUGUCAUUAAAUUUGUAUAGAAAUAUUACGAAGAAGCUCAGAAGGAAGUAGCAGAGAUCAUCGGUGUCUCUGGUGAGUGUACACAGCUAGUUCAGUUAGCUCGCUCUGCUAAUCUAAUCUGAGAACGAAGCUAGUAUGAAGCCUGGUGCGUAACAACCGAUUUUCCUACUGAGUGAUUAGCGGGUUAUUUAAUUUAACUAGUUAGCAUUACAAGGUAUGGAUAGCUAUCUCGCAGCCACUACUGUUUCUUAUUCUAACUUUUUUUUAAAAUGCUGGACAAGCCACACCCAGUCACGCUGCACAUCCGCAAGAGACAAACUACAAGCGACACUUGCUAGUCAGGGGCAAGCGAAAAAAACAAACAAACAAACAAACAUGGAGGACAAAGUGGUUAAAAUAUGGUGAAUGGAAAAUGUUUAAUCAUCCAAAUGCUGCAAAUAAAAAUAAUAAACAGCUCAAACUGUCUUCAUUUUCUUCCUCUGAAUCUACAGCGAAGACAAACAGCCUCCUCAUCACC